AUGGUAACACAAAUUAAAAAAGAGUAUGCAGAAGUAUUUAAGGAUGAACCAAACGCACAUAUAAAAAAGUUUAAAGCAGAGAUUACAUUCAAAGAAGGUGUCAGUCCGAUAUUUCAUAGAGCAUAUGAAAUGCCCUACGCCUUAAAACCAAAAGUCGAAGAGGAAAUAUCAAAAAUGGUCAAAUCUGGUAUUUUAACAAAGGUAACACAUAGCGAUUGGGCAAGUCCGGUAGUAAUAGUACCGAAGAAAAAUAGUUCAGAUAUUCGAAUUUGUGUAGACUUUAAAAAAACUCUAAAUAGAGUAAUAGAUAGAGAUCACUGUGUGUUGCCUUUGCCCGAGGAUAUAUUUGCAUGUUUGAGUGGUAGUGUGGUUUUAUGUGUGCUGGAUCUAAAAAGAGCGUAUCAACAGUUAGUAAUAGGAGAAAAUUCAAAAAAAUUGUUUACAAUAAAUACGCACUUAGGGUUAUUCAAGUUUAAUCGUCUGACAUAUGGAGUUAGCGCAGCUCCUGGAAUUUUUCAGUCGUGCAUGGAAACGAUACUAGCGGGUAUUUCAAAUGCUAAAUGCUACUUAGACGAUAUUUUAAUUUAUGGUUCCUCUUUAACCGAAUGUUAUGAUUAUGUACGACAAGUGCUGGAACGUUUGAGAGAGUACAAUGUAAAGGUGAACGAAUCAAAAUGUAAGUUCUUUAGAGAAAGUGUAGAAUUUUUAGGUCACAGAAUUGAUGCACAGGGAGUUCACCCUUUGGAUGAUAAAGUCGAAUGCAUAAAAAAAGCACCUUCACCUCAAAAUCGUACUCAACUAAAGUCAUUUCUGGGUAUGUUAAAUUACUAUGGGAAGUUUAUACCUAUGCUUUCGUCAAUACUUAAACCACUCUAUGACUUGUGUGGAAAUUCAAAUGGGAAGUUUCAGUGGUCCGAGGAAUGCGAGCGAGUAUUUCAAGAAAGUAAGAAAUUACUUACAGAGAGUAACGUACUCAUACACUUUAACCCAAAAUUACCAAUUAUUGUAACUUGUGAUGCGAGUGGAUACGGAGUAGGAGCCGUGUUAAGUCAUAAGAUAGAUGGAGAUUUGAGACCUGUUUUGUUUGCGUCCAGUACAUUAUCAAAAGCCGAGCAACGUUAUUCUAACAUUGAGAGAGAAAGUUUAGCACUUAUAUUUGCGUUAAAAAAAUUUCAUAAAUAUUUGUAUGGAAGGAAAUUUACGUUAAUAACUGACCACCAACCGCUACAGUUUAUUUUCGGGAAAAAUAAAAGCAUACCAGUUACUGCUGCAGCACGAAUUACACGUUGGGCAUUAUCGUUAUCUGCUUAUGAUUACGAAUUAGAGUACAAACCAGGAAAGUUAAUAGCAAAUGCGGAUAGUUUGUCUAGAUUACCAGUGGAAGGGAGGACAGGAAUUUCAGAAUCUUUGAAUUCAUUUAGUUUAGUUAAUGAACUCCCUUUUGAUGCAAAUGAUAUUGCUGACAUCACAAAAAAAGACAUAAUUCUAGCUAAAGUAUUAGAACUAACACUUUCGGGAUGGCCAAACACUAUUAAGAAUAAAAUUGAACUGGGACCAUAUUUUAAGAGGAGACAUGAAUUAUCGGUAGAGAACAAUUGUCUUUUAGUAGGUAAUAAAGUCAUUAUUCCAAAGAUAUUACAAAAGGAAAUAUUACAACUAUUCCAUGAGCAACAUUUAGGUAUAGUCCGAACAAAAAUGUUAAUGAGAGCUUACUGUUGGUGGCCAGGUAUUAACGAAGAUAUCGAGCGAUUUAUAAAUAAUUGUAAGGUUUGUCAACAAACACAAAACUUUACGAGUAAGGGUGCACUUCUACCUUGGCCGAGCGCACCUCAUAACUUUUAUAGAGUGCACAUAGAUUUCUUCCAUAAAUAUGGGUAUACAUUUCUUAUAUUGAUAGAUUGUAAGUCAAAAUGGCUAGAAGUAAAAUUAAUGGAAGAAAGCACCAAUGCGAAAAAGACUAUUAUGCGGCUAAAAGAAAUAUUUGCAGUUUUUGGUUUGCCUGUUGAGUUGGUAUCAGAUAAUGGACCAGAUUUCGGUUCCAUAGAAUUUGUUAAUUUUUGCCAAACCAAUGGGAUAACAAUAAUAAAAGCACCGCCUUAUCACCCACAAAGUAAUGGAAUCGCGGAACGGGGAGUACAAACGGUAAAAAAAAGUCUGUCAAGAGCUCUUUUCCAUGAGUCAGGAAAGAGCGUCAGCAAAAACAUAAUAGUCUCUGGUUUACUAAUUUUUUUGUUUACUUAUAGAGCGACUCCGUCAAGCGUUACGGGUAUAUCCCCGGCACAGGAUCUUUUUAAAGUUCGUCCGAGAACUAGAUUUGAUCUUAUUAAACCUUCAUGUUGUAAAAGCAAAUUGAGGGAAGGGACUCUUUUAUCAAAGAAAAUACAUUCAUUUGCUGUAAAUCAAAAUGUUUACGUUAAGAAUAAUCAAACUAAAUUGUGGCAGAUAGGAAAAAUAGUAAAAAUUGUAAGUCAUUGUACAUAUCUAGUGCAAGUAGGAGGUAGUAUAAGAUUUAUACAUGCGAACGAUAUAAGACCGAACAUAAGUAAUAACAUAGAGAACCAACAAGGAACAAAUCAAAAAGAAGGUGUACCUUCUAGUCGUCCAAUAUCUAGCAGUAAGAUAUUGAAUAAUAACAAUGAUAUUAUAGCAUUAGACACGCCUUUAUUUAAUGCGGUAUCACCUCAACAACAAGACCGAGAAAUCGAACGAAAGGAGGAAUCAGCAGAGGAGGUCCCAAUUAAUGUAGAGGAAAAUAAGAAGACUGUAAACUCACCCACAGUGAAGGAUGUAACAGUAAACACCCCUAAAGUUUUUAAAACUACUCGUUCGGGAAGAAUAAUAAGAUCACCAGUAAAAUUAAAUUUAUAA